AUCCACGGGAACACACGUCCCAUCAAGUCUCCGUUUUCUGUGAGUGGCGCUGAUCCACCUUUGGAUAAAUAGAAAAAAAAAUCCGUGGAGGAAUAUGCUAUUACUUCCUCAUUUUAAGAAAUAAACGCUAUCUGAUUAACUGAAGUCAAUUACAUAUAUAAUUAUAUUUAUUUGUCAUCUAAAGAAAAAAGUAUAGGCUUUUUGUUUGAGUUAAACGUAUGUUGUGAGUGGUCAGGAGGCCCAGGUGAGAGGGUAAACUGAGGUAAUAAAGUGUGGUCGUGUUUAUGGUGUUCUCAAAGAGUGAUUUUGAAGUCUGAAGUGGCUAUUUGAAAAUAAUAAAGCCACACUGCACUCAAAAAUACACAUAUAUACAUUUCUAAUCUGUAGAUGGAGAUUUAUACUUCAUAUUUCUGAAAAAAGUAUAAUAUCGCCUGUAUGUUGAGAAAGUUCGGUUAUUUGAUGAUUGCAAUUUAGACGUAAGUGAGCUGUGGUGAGAAUACUGUGUUUGUGGUGGGUGUUCAGCCACCUGUUGAGGCACAAUGUGAACUCCACACGCCCCACCACACCCACAGGUCGUAAAUUCUCUUGAACAAGCUACACUCACGGGUUAACUUGGGAGUUUACAGGAGAAGAGUACCCCUUCCUCACGAGUAAUGAAGCCAGCAUCACUGCUCGUCUUCCUACUGCUGCUCCUCUUCACUCAUCUCCUCCUGGCAGACAAUGAGGAUGCUGGAGGACUGUUGGAGAUGGAGGGCCAGACCUUCCUCCACCUCCAGUGUGUUGGGGAAUACCCCUACAACCAGGAAUACCCUUUGGGUAUACCAGGGACACCUUCUGGGGUAUACUUCCAACGGGGGAUGCUGGGGGAUCUCCUCCUGAAUCUCCAGCAUCUCUCCCUCAAUUCCCAGUUGGAUUCUCCAUCAACCUCCAACACUGGAAGUCCUGAGGACUCAUCUCCCUCCAUUCCUCCAUCAUUCUACCUCCAGGGUCGCCUCCACCACUCGUUUCUCCCUCAUUCUUCAUCACUCUCCAACACUGGAGGUUCUGAGGACUCAUCUCCCUCCAUUCCUCCAUCAUUCUACCUCCAGGGUCGCCUCCACCACUCGUUUCUUCCUCAUUCUGCCUCGCCAACACCAUCUCCAACACCCCCGGGUGAUACAGUGCGCUGGAUUUUACUCAGAAUGGGAGAGACAGAGGAAAGUGAUAAUCAGAGUGAACAGGAAGACUGGAUAAAGAGGGAAGCGAUAAGACAUGAUAAACAUGACUUGAAAGAAGGAGGAAUAAGAAGAGAGAAAGAGAAGAGAAAUGAAAAGAAGAGUGGAAGAAGCAAGAGGAGGAGGAGAAAGAUGGUAAGCAACGAAGAAGACAAAGAAGAGAGAAUAAAGAAGACAAAGACUAAGAGAACAAACAAUAAAGCAGGAAAAACAGCCAAAGAAAGAAGAAUAACUAGCAAAAAACGUGAUAAAGAGGGAGAUACAAGAGGGAGAAUAACCCACAGGAAAACCCAUGUGAAGAAGAGGGAAGGGAAAGACGCAAAACAAACAGGAAAACGGGGAAAGCAACGGGAAAUAAAGGAGAAGAAAAGAGAGAUUGAACAACAGAUAACAAAUGCGAAGAAGGAGAGAGAAAGAAGCGAUAAGAGCGAGAGAGAGAUUAUCAGCCUCCCUCUAUCCACCCUUAGUAAACACACAGUAAUGAGGACGUACACAGGAGACGACAAUAAAAAUGGAGAUAAAGAAGGCAAUGAAACUGAUAAACAGGGAAGAGGAGAAGGAACUGGCGAAUACUCGAUAAAGAUGGAGACAAAGAAGGGAAAGAUAAAUAAAGAACCCAAAACGAAAGGGAAUAGGAAGAAGGAAGACGAAAUAAAGAGGAAGAACCCCAAAGAUGAUAAAUAUGACAUAGAAAGUCAAGAACGAGAAAUAAAGGAGAAUAAAGAACAGGAAUUAAAGAAGAAAAACAAAAAUAACGAAAGAACAGACAACGAUAAUAAAUCAGGAGGAAAGAAGAUGGGAAGAAGAGCUAAUAAAAGCGAUGAAGGGAGAAGAAAUAAUGAAGAGAAUAAGGAAGACGACGAAGAUAAAGAAGGGAAUAAGGAAGAUGAUGAAACAGAAGAGAAUAAGGAAGAAAAUAAAGAAGGGAAUAAGGAAGAAAAUAAAAAAGGGAAUAAGGAAGAAAAUAAAGAAGGGAAUAAGGAAGAAAAAGAAGGGAAUAAGGAAGAAAAUAAAGAAGGAAAAAAGGAAGUAAAUAAAGAAGGUAAUAAGGAAGAAAAUAAAGAAGGGAAUAAGGAAGAAAAAGAAGGGAAUAAGGAAGAAAAUAAAGAAGGGAAUAAGGAAGAAAAUAAAGAAGGGAAUAAGGAGAACCCAGAGAAGAAGGAAGAGAAGAAAAAAACACAGAGAAGAAAGAAUAAAGACAAUUUAUUCAGCGCAGACGAAAAAGGGAAUAAAGAAACAGGCAAUAAAGAUGACAAACCAAAAAAACAAAGAAAAACGGGGAAUAAAACGGGAGAGAAGAAGACAAAGGGCGAUAACGGGGAAGGGAGAGACGACGAUAAAGACAAAACAAGCAAGACAAGCCAAGACAAAGAAGAAAAUGGAGAAGCAAAGAAGAGAGAUGAUAAAAUAGAUAAAGAAGAAAGUAGAAAGAAGAAGAAAGAAGGAAAGAAGAGAAAUGAGAAGGAAGAGAAGAAGGAAAAUAAAGAAAACGAGGAAGACAAGAAGGAAAAUAAAGAAAACGAGGAAGACAAGAAGGAAAAUAAAGAAAACGAGGAAGACAAGAAGGAAAAUAAAGAAAACGAGGAAGACAAGAAGGAAAAUAAAGAAAACGAGGAAGACAAUAAGGAAAAUAAAGAAAACGAGGAAGACAAGAAGGAAAAUAAAGAAAACGAGGAAGACAAGAAGGAAAAUAAAGAAAACGAGGAAGACAAGAAGGAAAAUAAAGAAAACGAGGAAGACAAUAUGGAAAAUAAAGAAAACGAGGAAGACAAGAAGGAAAAUAAAGAAAACGAGGAAGACAAGAAGGAAAAUAAAGAAAACGAGGAAGACAAGAAGGAAAACAAAGAAAACGAGGAAGACAAGAAGGAAAAUGAAGAAAAAACUAAUAACGAGAGACAUAAAGAAGAGAAGAAAGAAGAAAAUAAGGAAAACCUCGUAAGAAAGAAGAAAGAAGAAAACAAGAAGAAGGAAGUGAAACAGGUGAAGAAAAACGCGACAAAGAAAGAGGAAGACAAAACAACGGCCAAUAACGAAGGAGAGGCAAAGAAAGGCGAAGAAAAUCAAGAAAGAGAGGAAGAGAGAGAAUGGAUAACGAGGGAAGACAAUAAGAGAAUAAUGGAUGAAGGGAAGGAAGAAAAUAGAAGAAAGAAGAAGAGAGAGAAAAACAAUAAAGAUGGAGAGAGAGAAAGCAAUAAAGAGGAGGAAACAGGGAAGAUAAGACAAGAAAACGGUAAUAAAGAAACAGGGAAGACAAGACAAGAAAACGGUAAUAAAGAAACAGGGAAGAGAAGACAAGAAAACGGGAAUAAAGAAACAGGGAAGAGAAGACAAAACGGUAAUAACGGAGAAGAAACAGGGAAGAGAAGACAAGAAAACGGUAAUAAAGAAACAGGGAAGAGAAGGCAAAACGGUAAUAACGGAGAAGAAACAGGGAAGAGAAGACAAAACGGUAAUAACGGAGAAGAAACAGGGAAGAGAAGGCAAAACGGUAAUAACGGAGAAGAAACUGGGAAAAGAAGACAAGAAAACGGUAAUAACAGAGAGGAAACAGAGAAGAGAAGACAAGAAAACGGUAAUAAUGAAACAGGGAAGAGAAGACAAAACGGUAAUAACGGAGAAGAAACAGGGAAGAGAAGACAAAACGGUAAUAACGGAGAAGAAACUGGGAAAAGAAGACAAGAAAACGGUAACAACGGAGAGGAAACAGAGAAGAGAAGACAAGAAAACGGUAAUAAAGAAACAGAGAAGAGAAGACAAGUAAACGGUAAUAAGGGAGAGGAAACAGAGAAAACGGGGAAUAAAGAAGAUAAUAAGCCAAAGGAGAAUAAGAAGUGGAGAACGAAGGAAAUAAGAGAAAAAGAAGAGAAUAAAGAAGGAGAUAAAGAAGAGAAAAGAAACUCAGGAAGAGAGAGACUAAAGGAAGAGGAAGAAGAGAAGGAAGAAGGAACAGAGGGAAUAGCCAUAAACGGGAAUAAACAACGGGAGAACCAGCCAGGCAACGGAACGGAUAAUGGGAAAAAAAGAAACUGGAGCAACAGAAAACAAACACAGAAUAAAGAUAAGAGAAACAGAACAGUAAGAGAGAAAACAGAGAAUAGAAAGAGAGACUCAGAAGAGAGAGAGAAUAAAGAGAGAGACGAAGAGAACAGCGGACAACAGAGAGACGAAAGAGAAAAAACGGAAGAAAAACAGAGAAAUACGAAAGAAGAAACGGAAGACGAUAAUAAAACACCUGGGAAAGAUAACGGUGAUAAAACAACGGUAAAACAGAGGAAGAAUAAAGAAAAUGAAGAAAACGGCGAAUGGGAGGAAGAAAACGGGAAUACAACGGUAAAACAGAAUAAACAGAGAUAUUAUAAGGAAAUCGGGGAAUGGGGAAAAGAUAACAGCAAUAAAACGGCAAAACAGAAGAAUAUACAGAAAAAUAUUGAAGAUAACGGCAAUAAAACGGUAAAACAGAAUAAUAAACAGAGACAUAUUAAAGAAAACGGCGAACGGGUGAAAGAAAACAGAAAUAAAACGGCAAAACAGAAGAGCGAACAAAGGAAGAGUAAAGAAAAUGAAAACGGCAAUAAAACAAAGAUAAAACAGAAUAAUAAACAGAAGAAGAAUAAAGAAAACGGCGAACGGGAGAAAGCAAAACAGGAAGAUAAACGGAGGAAACAGAGGAACGGGAAUAGCAGAAGGAAGAGGAAUGGCUUGUUUAAGAGACGUUGGGCGAAAAGAGGCGAGAGAAAAGAUGCCAUAGACCAAGUUUCGCGAACUAUGGACAACUACGAACUGUCUAGCGGUCCAGAGACCGCAAAUUACGACGUUUCACCCAUUAUGGGCCGCUACGAACCGUCUAGCGGUCCAGGGACCGCAAAAAUUCCCUGUCCAGGACUAUCAAAAAUUCCCGAUCCAGGGACCAUAAAAAUCCGCGGUCCAGCCUCGACCCCCGCCUCAGCACCGAAGACUGACACCUACCACCCGAGGAGCACUCAGGAGCAGCACCUGAGGACACCUAGGUGGUCGUCACAGCACCCGAGGACACUUAGGUGGUCGUCAGAGCACCUGCCUCCUGAUCUUAGGGAGAAUCCAGGACAGGGAGAACCAGACAGGGAGAAUCAGGGCAAGGGAGAAUCAGGACGGGAAAAUCAGACGGGGAGAAUCAGGACGGGUAGAAUCAGGACGGGGAGAAUCAGGACGGAGAAUCAGGGCGAGGGAGAAUCAGGACAGGGAGAAUCAGACGGGAGAACCAGGACGGGAGAUCGGACGAAAUCAGGACGGAAGGAGAAUCAGGACGGGGAGAAUCAGGACGGGGAGAAUCAGGACGGGAGAAUCAGGACGGGGAGAAUCAGGACGGAGAGAAUCAGGACGGGGAGAUCAGACGGGGAGAAUCAGGACGGGAGAAUCAGGACAGGGAAAAUCAGGACGGGAGAAUCAGGACGGGAGAAUCAGGACUGGGGAGAAUCAGACGGGAGAAUCAGGACGGGAGAAUCAGACAGGGAGAAUCAGGACGGGGGAGAAUCAGGACGGGAAAAUCAGGACAGGGAGAAUCAGACGGGGGAGAAUCAGGAUAGGGAGAAUCAGGGCGGUGAGAAUCAGGACGGGGGAAAAUCAGGACGGGGAGAAUCAGGACGGGGAGAAUCAGGACGGGGAGAACAGGACGGGAGAAUCAGGACGGGGAGAAUCAGGACGGGAGAGAUUGUGACGGGGAGAAUCAGGACACGGAGAAUCAGACGGAAGAGAAUAAAGACGGGAGAAUCAGGACAUGGAGAAUCAGGAGGGGAGAAUCAGGACAGGAGAAUCAGACGGGGAGAAUCGGCAGGGAGAAUCAGCACGGGGAGAAUCAGGACAGGAGAAUCAGGACGGGAGAAUCAGGACGGGAGAAUCAGGACGGGGAGAAUCAGGACGGGGAGAAUCGGAACGGGGAGAAUCAGACAGGGAAAAUCAGGACGUGGGAGAAUCAGGACAAGGGAGAAUCAGGACAAGGGAGAAUCAGGACAAGGGAGAACCAGGACAAGGGAGAAUCAGGGCAAGGGAGAAUCAGGACGGGGAAAAUCAGGACAGGGGAGAAUCAGGACACGGGAGAAUCAGGACGGGGUAGAAUCAGGACGGGGAGAAUCAGGACGGAGAAUCAGGGCGAGGGAGAAUCAGGACAGGGAGAAUCAGGACGGGAGAAUCAGGACGGGGAGAAUCAGGACGGAUAAUCAGGACGAAGGAGAAUCAGGACGGGGGAGAAUCAGGACGGGGAGAAUCAGGACGGGGAGAAUCAGGACGGGGGAGAAUCAGGACGGGAGAGAAUCAGGACGGGGAGACUCAGGACGGGGAGAAUCAGGACGGGGAGAAUCAGGACAGGGAAAAUCAGGACGGCGGAGAAUCAGGACGGGGAGAAUCAGGACUGGGGAGAAUCAGGACGGGGAGAAUCAGGACGGGGAGAAUCAGGACAGGAAGAAUCAGGACGGGGGAAUCAGGACGGGGAAAAUCAGGACAGGGAGAAUCAGGGCGGGUGAGAAUCAGGACGGGGGAAAAUCAGGACGGGGAGAAUCAGGACGGGGGAGAAUCAGGACGGGAAGAAUCAGGAACGGGGAGAAUCAGGACGGGGAGAAUCAGGACGGGGAGAUUCUGGACGGGGAGAAUCAGGACAAGGAGAAUCAGGACGGAAGAGAAUAA